AUGUCGGUAAGAAUGGCUCUGUGUAGGACGGCGGAGAAGUCGAACAUCCCGUGGAGGGAGAUGACGAAGGAGGUGCUGGAGUCGGACGUGUACGAGGUGUUCGAGAGAAUCCAAGACCCAAACCUCGUGUACCCUGACUAUUAUCUCAACCCGUUUCAUGCCUACGACGAAGGGAAUCUAUCAUGGCUGAUCGAAGAGGCGAACCAAAUCGUCCGCAGGAACUGGCUGAAUGUAAUUGAGGAGCAUCAUCUCAAGUACUCGAGGAACUGUCAGGUAAAUGACAUCUUGGACAUUGGCUGCUCUGUUGGAGUAAGCACCAGAUACCUCGCCGAGAAGUUCCCUUCAGCUCAAGCUGUUCCAAAAUCCGAAGUACUUCAGGAACUAUCCCCAGUUUUGUUCACUCUGAUGAAGAGUACCCAGCCUUUCCUUGACGAGUACUACAUGCUGGAUUUGGAGGAGACAUUGAGAAAAGUCGGUUUUGUUAACGUUUGCUCCAUCCUGACAGACCCCAACAGUCACUGCAACUGUGCCUUACUAAUUGGGUCAGACCUUCAAAUACCAAACCCGGCCGGUACACAACAAUUGACUAUUUAA